AUGACCUCCAUCUCCCUUCAAUUCAUUCGCAUAUCCUCCCGCUCAAUGCGGCGAAGUGCAUUCCCCACAUUCUCCCCAGCUUUCGCACGUCGGGUAUCCACCAAGCACCCGGCAGGCUUUACGCCCCCGACAGAAGACGAGCUACUAGAUCUUCGAGAGCGGGUGCAAGAUUUUACAAGACGAGAGAUAUCGGUCGAGGUUGCGGCGCAGACUGAUGCGCAGAAUGAGUUCCCGUCGAAUAUGUGGAAGAAACUUGGUGAUGCUGGAUUCCUUGGAGUUACGGCUGACGAAGAAUAUGGUGGGUUGGGAAUGGGCUAUCAGGCGCAUUGCGUUGUUAUGGAGGAGAUCAGUCGGGCAUCAGGAAGUAUCGGUCUUUCCUACGCCGCUCAUUCUCAGCUAUGCGUCAAUCAGCUCUCUUUGAAUGGCUCAACGGAACAGAAAGAGAAAUUUCUACCAGAACUCCUAUCAGGAGACAAGAUAGGUGCCCUGGCCAUGUCAGAGCAUUCUGCUGGCUCUGAUGUAGUCAGUAUGAAGACGACAGCAAAGGAAGUAGAUGGUGGCUGGGUGUUGAACGGAACUAAGAUGUGGAUCACGAAUGGCCCGGACGCACAUUAUGUUAUCGUUUAUGCGAAGACAGAGCCUGAGAAGGGCUCCAAGGGUAUCACGGCUUUCAUAGUUGACACUUCAUCUGAAGGCUUCUCCUGUGCCCAGAAACUGGACAAGCUUGGAAUGCGCGGCUCAAAUACAGGCGAGCUUGUCUUUGAGGAUGUAUUCGUGCCACGAGCCAAUGUUCUUGGAGAGAUCAAUCGUGGAGUCAAAGUUCUGAUGGAAGGGCUUGAUCUGGAAAGGCUCGUGCUAAGUGCUGGACCCUUGGGACUUAUGCAGUCUGCCCUUGAUCUGGUUCUACCCUAUACGCAUACCCGGAAGCAGUUCGGUAUGCCCAUUGCACAUAACCAGCUGAUUCAGGGCAAGCUUGCGGACAUGUAUACCAAGCUCGCUGCUUCUCAGGCAUACACCUAUGCCACAGCGCGGAAGGUUGAUAAUGGUGCUGCAUCCUCGGAUCCACUGGUCAUUCGAACUCAGGACUGUGCUGGAGCGAUCCUCUAUGCUGCCGAACGCGCAACGGAGUGUGCACUAGAUGCUAUCCAGUUGAUGGGCGGUAAUGGAUACAUUAACGAGAUAACUGCUGGGCGCCUCCUUCGAGAUGCGAAACUAUAUGAGAUUGGAGCUGGGACAAGUGAGAUUCGGCGGAUGGUAAUUGGUCGGGCUUUCAAUAAGGAGUUUGCGCAGUAA